UUAAAAAGAGGGUGUCUCUUAGGACUCUCCAGGGAGACGCAGCGAUGGCGGCCGUUCAAGGGCUCUGCGAUGAAGCGACGUGCUCCGUCUGCCAGGACUACUUCAGAGACCCGGUGACUCUGGACUGCGGGCACAACUUUUGCCGCGCCUGCCUGGCGGGUCUCUGGGAAGGAUCCGGCCCCGACUCUCCCUCCUGCUGCCCGGAGUGCAAAGAAGCCGUGCAGCCCAGGAACUUCAAGCCCAACCGGCAACUGGCCAACGUCGCGGAGCUGCUCAGGAAACUCCAGGAGGGAGAAGCGGGAGGAAGGCGCGCAUCAGGCGCGGGGCAGGGGCGCAUGUGCCAAGCGCACCAGGAGCCGCUGAAGCUCUUCUGCAAGGACGACGAAGCGCCCAUCUGCGUGGUGUGCGACAGGUCCAAGGAGCACCGAGAGCACCGCGUGUGUCCCAUGGAAGAGGCGUCCCAAGAGUACAAGGAACAAAUCAAGGCCCGCCUAGAGUCUCUGAAGGAUGAGAGAGAGAAACUUGUGGAGCAGAAAUUAGCCGAAGAGUUGAGGAGGCAGGAGUGUGUGGCGGGGUUAGAAAUGGAGAAGCAGAAGAUCAGAAUUGCCUUUGAGAAGAUGCAGGAGUUCCUUGAGGAGAAACUGAACCUGUGGCUCGGCCAGCUGGAAGAUGUGGAGAGAGAGAUAGGGAGGUGGCAGGAAGAGAACCUCUCCAGACUCUCUGAGGAGAUUUCGCAACUCAGUGAGCUGAUUGUGGAGAUGGAGGAGAAGAGCCUGCAGCCUACGAGUGAAUUCUUGCAGGACAUCAGAAGUGCUUUGAGCAGGAAUGAGAAGAAUUCAGUAGGGCACAUGACGGACCUUUCUCCGAAGACGGAAGAGGCGCUCAGGUUUGCGUCGCAGAAAAAUUCUGCUUUAGAAAAGGCUUUGGAGAGCUCUCAAGAUUCUCUGAUGCAAGCCCUGAACAAAGUGAGCGUGACCCUGGAUCCGGAAACUGCCUCCCCAAAGCUCCUUGUCUCUGAGGACCUGAAGAGUGUGAGAAGGGCAGAAAAGAAGCAGGAUGUGCCCGACAACCCGGAGAGAUUUGACUGGAUGCCCUUUGUGCUGGGCCGCGAGGGAUUCACCUCAGGAAGGCCUACCUGGGAGGUGGAGAUUGAGACGAUAGACCAAGCCAUGUGGGCUCUGGGUGUUGCCAAAGACUCAGUCAGGAGGAAGGGUCCGUUUAAGCUUAAUCCGAAGGAGGGCAUAUGGGCUCUGAAGAAGCAGUUUGGCGAGUCCUUGCCUUUUCAGCUCGUGGCUUUGAGCUGCCCUGAGCCGGUCUCCGUGACCGUAAGGCAACUGCCCAGGAAGAUCCGGGUUUCCCUGGAUUACGAAGGGGGUCUUGUGGAAUUUUUUGAUGCUGACUUCAAUGAAUGUCUCUUCACUUUCUUUGCAGGGUCAUUCUUGGGGGAGAAGAUCCGCCCCUUCUUCCUCUUGGGUUUGGGAGUCAAUCUAAAGUGUGGUGGAAGGGAGGAGGAGGCGGCAGCAGUAGCAGCAGCAGCAGCCAUGGCGUCCGGAGAUCCCUUGCAAGGGCUCCGCGAGGAAGCGACUUGCUCCAUCUGCCUGGAUUACUUCGCGAGCCCGGCGACCAUCGACUGCGGCCACAGCUUCUGCCGAGCCUGCCUCGUCCAGUACUGGGCAGAAUCCGGCGCGGGCCCCUGCUGCCCUCAGUGCAGGGAAGCCACCCAGCAGAGGAUCCUCCGUCCCAACUUGCAGCUGGCCAACCUGGUGCAGCUGGUCAGGCAGCUCAAGGCGGACGCGGGAGAGGACUCGGGAGAAGCCAGCCCGGCCUCCUGCAAGGACGACCCAGCCCUGCUCUUCGGGGCGGAGUGCGAUCCUGCCCCCCACGACUCCUCUCCCGUAGAAGAGGCUUCCCUGCAGUAUAAGAGGAAAAUCAAGUCCCACCUGACAUAUCUGAAAAAGGAGAGAGAAAAGAUGGUGAACCUGAAACUUGCUGAAGAGAUGGGGAGGCAGGAGUGUCUGAUGUUAUUUGAAACGGAGAAGAAGAAAGCCCGGUCUUCCUUUGAGCGAAUGCUCCAGUUCCUUGUGGAGAAACAGCACCUCUGGCUAGGCCAGCUGGAAGAUCUGGAGAAAGCGAUGGAGAGGAAGCAGGAGGAAAACCUUGCCAAACUCUCCGAGGAGAUUUCCCGACUCAACGAGCUGAUCGCGGAGAUGAAAUGGAAGUACCUGCAGCCCACGAGCGAAUUGUUGCAGGACACCAGAAGUUCCUUAAGCAGGUAUGAGAAGAAUUUGGGAGGGCAUGCAGUGGUCCUUUCUACCAGGCUGGAAGAGAAGCUCAGAGUUUUCUCGCAGAAAAAUGCUGCCUUGGAAAAGUCUAUGGCGAACUAUAAAGAAUCUCUGGAGCAAGUUCUGCAACCAGAUUAUUUGAAGCAGACCUUGCAGAAAGCAAACGUGACUCUGGAUCCGGACACGGCCCACCCCUUCCUCAUUCUGUCCCAGGACCUGAAGGCUGUGCGGAGAGUGCAGAGGGAGCAGGACCUGCCUUUCAACCCCGAGAGAUUUGACACCAUGCCCUACGUGCUGGGCUGCGACAGAUUCACUUCCGGAAAGCACUGGUGGGAGGUGGAGGUGUGGGGCAAGGCGACGUGGGCCGUGGGGGUGGCCACGGAGUCGGUCAGGAGGAAGGGGGGCGUCGACAUCAGCCCCCACCAGGGGAUUUGGGCCAUGGGGAAGCCGCCCUGCUACUCCCCCUCCCCCUGCCAGUUCUUGGCUUUUACUUCUCCUCUGCCAACUGACCUGACCUUGAGGAGAGAGCCCAGGAAGAUCCGCGUGGCCCUGGAUUGUGAAGCGGGCUGCGUGGAGUUUUGUGACGCCGACACGGAGGAAUUCAUCUUCGCUUUCCCUCCGAGAUCAUUCUUCGGGGAGAAAAUCCGGCCCUUUCUACAGGUGUGCUGCGACGUCAGCCUGAAAUGCUGAAGGCCGCCGUGAAACGCAAACUCUGCAGGGCCACCGCCCUGAGAGGAGCAAAUCCUCUCCAAAACUUCUCCGUUCUAGAUGGUAAGAUUCUUCCAUCUGCAGACAAGAAAAGGCAGCAAAUAAAAGCAGUCUGGGUUCGAUGG